AUGGCGAAGGGAAUUCGCAAACGCAGAUCCAUGCCAACAACAAACAAGUUGUCGAGUGUCGCUUGUAGCUACCAUCUGGCCCACUCGCGGCUGGGGGAGGCUGGCUCGCUCGCUCUCAAAGCAGCGGGCUGGGCUGGGCUGGGUGGCUGGCGGAGCUGGGCUGCGGCUGACUGCGUCAACUGCUCGAAUUAUGGAGAAUGGCAAAGGCAGCUCAUCCCCAGCCCCAGCCCCAAGCCCAAGCCCCCCGCCGCUCACCCGCUGCCGUCGUGCAGACGCCGCUCUAGGACACGACGAUAUCGGGGCGACAAGAAUCCCCUUCUCGCCAACGUCAAGAGGCGGUCAUGGUCGCCGUCACUGUCCCGCCCGGGUCCCGAAACCCAACCACCCGAAGCGACCGAUGUGGCCAAUCGGGGCUUCAGGGCGGAGCGGGCUUCGAGCCUUCUCGAGCGGUCAUUAGCCCUCGAGCCUCCGUACCGCUGUACCGCCCGCCCUGCCGCGACCGGAUUUUCGUGCUCUCCACGUUUAUUGGCGCUUGCAGAUCUCCAACCUCCGAGCUUUGCCUCCAUUUCCGAACGGUCACGGCUCUCGUUUGAAAAAGGCGCAAGCGCGAACCUAGCGCCGAGAGUGUUUCUGGGCCAGGAGCUUCUCCCUUUUCGCGCGGGGUUAUACCCUCCCCUGGCACCGCGGCCUGACAUGGGGGCUGGGGCUGACAUAAUGUCCUGCGUGAAGGAAUUUUCUUUUCCCAUAUUUCUGGACGCAUCGGACCCUGCGCUCGCUGUACGACCGGUCCUGUACAAAGGUCUUCCCGUACGACAUGUCCUGCGCCGAGGGAGAUUUGAACUGUCCUCCCCUCCCGCACCGAACUCCUACCCUACCCGACCCUACCACGCCCCUCCUCCUCCUCCUCCCCAGCUCGCCCGCUUCCCCCCGCACCCCUCCCUCCCUACCGGCCGGCGUCGUCAAGGGGAACAGCAGUCCGCCACCGCGGGAGCCAGACCUUCCUCAUCGCUCGUGGUAGGCAUGCAUUGUCCUCUGCCUGGGAUAUUUGAAGCCCUGCCCCUCCACAAGGGCGGGCGGGCAGGCGGUCAGUCUUCCCCGAGUCAGCUCCCGAACAACAGUGGUUUCCCCCACCCGCUUUAG